UUCCCUGCCUGGGGCUCCCUUCCUGUCUGGAGGCUGUGUAGGCUUCCUUCCAGGAAGCAGGAGGGUGGGCUUGAUGGCAGCCCCUUCCCGCUGUCAUUCCAGAGCCCCGAAGGCAGCUACGACCUGAACUCGGAUGACCCGGACCCCAUGCCCCACCCGGACGAGGAGAACGGCAACCACCAUGGCACCCGCUGCGCCGGGGAGAUCGCCGCUGUCUCCAACAACAGCUUCUGCGCCGUCGGAGUCGCCUAUGGGAGCCGCAUCGCAGGGAUCCGGGUGCUGGACGGGCCGCUCACGGACAGCAUGGAGGCCGUGGCUUUCAACAAGCAUUACCAGAUCAACGACAUCUACAGCUGCAGGUCAGUCGGGGUUUCACUCAGCCGUUAAGACUC